AUGGAUUUUGAUACCACAAGAGGAUUAUGCAAACUAUUUAACAGUCGCUCCUUAACAUUUCAUACGUAUGCCCUGUUGAUGAACCCUUUGGCAAGUGCCAUCGAAGAGCUGUUUCCUGCUAAAGUUGCACGUAGCAAUUGGUGUUUUAUUACUCUACGGAUUGCACUUGUUGCAUCCUCUGUCUGCAUUGCGUUAUCUAUUCCCUUCUUCGGUCUUGUGAUGGCUUUGAUGGGUUCAGUCUUAUGUAUUUUGGUGUCUCUCAUAUUGCCAUCUCUAUGCUUUUUGAUGAUCAGUGGGAGUAAGGCCACGACUACGCAGAUUGGUUUGAGCAUUUGUAUUAUGGUGUUGGGCAUCGUUUGCAUGGUCGUGGGAACGUACUCAUCAUUGGCAGAUAUAGCAAAUGAACUCUAAAGACUGCACAGUCUGGCUUGUCCCAUGCCUGUCUUUUUGUUGUAGUACUUCCAUACAUACUUUGGAUCAAUAAACAUCAUGAGUCGAAUCUAGCAUAGAGGCUACGAGUUGAAAUCUGGUCAAGUUUGACUCCGGCAGCUCUAGUUUUAGAUUUUUCGACUUGUGUCAUUAUGAGUUUUGACAGCUCUUUCUCGAUUUUUACCAUAUUGCGCCAGAUCCCCAAUUUGCAAUUGAAGACUUUAAAAGCGGAAUACUUCUCUUCAUUAUUUUUAAUAGCUCGAAUAAUCUUAUAACAAAUAGCCUUGUUUUCUUUAAGUCUCCACUCUCCACCAUUGUACCUUUAUAAUAAAUAGCCGAUAGGGAAAGAUUGAUAGUCCUUAAACUCCCAACCCUACUUCCAAAUCUAAUAGUAUAAAAUGCUG